AUGGCUGUCGAAUCCCAUCCGGCAUCAACGACAUUAAAUGACAUUAUUGAUGAGCUCAAAUUAAAGUAUGAUUCCUCAGUGGGUUUAUUAGAAGGUGAAUCUGUGAGAGGAAUACCAAGCUUAAAUACAUUAUUGAAUGUGAGCAAGCUUUUCAAUAAUUUUGAAAAAGAACUACGACUUAUUGAACAAGUAGAUGAGGACGUCUUGAAUAGAGUUGCAAUAAUACGAGCCAAAAACAAAGAAAGUGUAGAGAAUGGAGAAGAGAAUGUUCAUACGAAAGAAGAUGGGGUUGCUCGUAACAAACGAGGUAAAGCAAAUGAUGAAGAUGAUUAUGAUGUAGUAGAUGAUGAUUCUUCUCAUGUGUCCAAGAGAAGAAAGUUGAGUACUCUGCCACAACUUAAGAGGGAGGAUGAAGACAAUGACGAGGACGAGGCUGAAACCGCAGACUCUCUUUCAAAAGAAAACGGUCAAAGUGAUGGAUCUCUACCACCAAUUCAGACCGGAUCAUAUACUCAGGAUAAUGACACAAGAUUAAAAAAUCCUAAAUCUGAAUUUGUACCAUCACAGACUUUAUCUGCUGCAGCAAUUGCAGAUUUGGGCUUGUUCUCGGAAGACAAUAAUGGAUUAGAAACUCAGGGUAAAGAUUACUUAAAAAGAAAGUAUGGAGUGGCUUCAUAUCCUGACAAUGAUCUCCAAAAUUUUUUACCUGGGAAGAUUCCUGACGUGGAUUUCUCUAAAAACAAGCCUCCCUCUAAUCAAGUUCAAUUUUCUACAUUUCAAUCUUACAUUGAAUCUUAUUUCAGACCCUACACUAAUGACGACUUGAAGUUUUUAAAUGAAAAAUUUGUUAUUCCUCCUGGCUUUGGAAAGACGAAUUAUGAUCCAAGUCUUCAUCCAUACAUUAUUCCAAAGCUAGGUCAAUUUUAUGCUAAUGCGUGGGCCGAAGAGGAUGCAACAUUAGGCUCGAAAUUGAAUUCACCUCAAUACCAGCAAUCGCUAGAGUCUUUCAAGCCAAGAGGCUCUAUUGACAAUUUAUCAGAUGAUAAACUAUAUACUGAGGAAAUAUCUUGUGGCCCACUUUCAAGCAGGCUUCUAUCUGCGAUAUUGAGCUCUCAUGAAGGUAAUGGAAAUGAUGAUGAAAGCUACGCAGAAAAUAAUAUACAAGCGGAUGAUCAAGUGGCGACACAGUUGAAUAGUGGCGAAGAUUAUAAAAUAACUACGGAUUCUAAUGACUUUUAUUCAAUUGAAGAAAGACUUAAAAGAGAACUAAAAUAUAUAGGGAUUUUCAUGAAUUUGUCAAAUACCGAUGAAGAAAGGAGUCCAAAAUUCAAUGGACGAGUUUUUAAAAGUGAAGGUUCCAUAGUGGAUACCGAUGAUUGGAUCAAAAAUAAAGAAGAUGAUGAAGUGUGUGCGGAGAUCAGAUCAUUGCAAAAAGAAUUGAAGGGCGCGGUUUUGAGAAAUAAGGUAAACAAGAAAAAGUUGAUACCUUUAGUUGAAGAACAAAUAGCGUAUCAAGAAUACUGCACAAUUUUGGAAGACUUAGAUAAACAGGUUGAUCUGGCUUACCUGAAGAGGCUUAAGGCGAAAAAUAAGAAGAAGAAGACUGAAGCGACGCCUCUUCAACAACAAUCUGCUAAUAAUGGUUUACGUGCUUUAUUGGAUAAGAGAAAGAGAUGGAUCAACAAUAUUGGAAAGCUAUUCAAAUCCCCUGAGAUCAUGAAGAGACCACCAGAAACAUCCAUUUUGAAGGGCGAAGGAGAAGAUGAAGAAGAAGAAGGAGAAGAUGAAGACAUCGAAGAUACUACGGAUCAACUUAUUCAAAAAUGA